AUGGACGCGUGCGGCGAAGCAGGCGAAGAAAGUGUUCAUUUCUUCGUAAAAGCAAAUGUUGCUAUUAUUUUUGCUAACUUAAGUUCAGUGUCGAUCCUUAAUGGUACAAAUUUUAAGGAUCGGAAGGAGAGCAUUCUUAUUGUUCUUGGCUGCAUGGAUCUAGAUCUUGCGCUUAAGACAGAGCAACCCACUGCUCCUAUAGAUACUAGUUCUUCUGAACAGAGGGCUAAAAAUGAGAAGUGUGAUCGCUCUAACCGCAUAAGUCUUAUGAUCAUCAAGCGUGGCAUACCUGAGGCUUUUAGAGGCGCGGUGUCUAAUAGUGUCACCAAAGCUAAGGAAUAUCUCGAUGAGAUUGAAAAGCGCUUUUCCAAAAGCGAUAAGGCAGAAACAAGCACAAUUCUAAAGAGCUUGAUUUCCAUAAAAUAUAAAGGCAAGGGAAAUGUUUGA